UAUCGUUCCUCUUGUCUAUGGUAACCGGGGAACAUACAACACACCUCAUUUGUAAACACCAAAAUAUUGAAAAGUAUCACCAACAUCGUGACGACUGUCAAGAGACAUGGCAGAAGCCGACCCGAGACCGGAAUACAGAUGUUUGAUGUGUACGUCACCCUACAAAGAACCGAGGCUGCUCCCUUGUGGUCAUACUUUCUGCUGCCGAUGUCUGACGUCAUACAUCGAAGCGGAACACGUCACAGCAGAUGAGGACCGACACUUCUUUCCUUGUCCUGUCUGUGAGGCGCCAAUUAAUCCUGAUGACGGCAAUACGGCCGUAAGUACAUGGGCGACAUGUUUUCUGAAAAAUGAUUUCCUUGUUUCCUCUAUAGCACAGUCCGCCGAUGUCCUUUUCUGUGCGCCAUGUCUACGUUGGAAAGAAUCGAACCCUGCCGAGGUCACGUGUACCGAGUGUGAAGAGAAGCUCUGUAAACAAUGCAGAAUUUGCCAUGAACGGAACAAGGCAACAGCUGCUCAUCGACUUGUCUCCAUCUCUGGCAAUGUUGGACAACUUUGUGAUGUAAAAGUCUACGAAAUCUGUCAUCAACAUAGUGGAAAACCCCUGGACGUGUACUGUGUAGACCACAGCGCUAUGUGUUGUUAUAUCUGUGUGUCGGUGUCACACAGACAAUGUAACAAUGUUAAACCAAUGGAGGAUGUGAUCAAGAAGACAAUGGCAAAACAGAGUCCCGGUGAGACAGAAUGGAAGGAGCUGACAGAGGAAACAAAGAAGAUGUUAGAUGAGGACGAUUUAGGGAUAACAACGCUAAACGCAAGAGAAAAAGAAGUUUCAGCGGAAAUGACCGACAGGAUACAGAAAGCUAAAGACAAGCUCGAUAACCUCAACGCAAGAUUUCAAUCAGACCUCGCAGGUCAAUGCAGAACAUACAGACAACAACUACUGUCUCGACGGAAGUAUGUCAACACAUUUCACAUCAACGCGGAAAAUUCACAUCUGCUGAUGUCACGUUCAGAUCAACAGUUAUCAGAUCGUCACCGAUUUUUCGUGAGAGAACAAACAAAACAUCAGAUAUCGGGACAUUACCGACGUAUGGAUCAAAACACGAAGAAAGAACCAAAUAGGUUUGACAUCACACUGAAGCUAGAGGAAACGAUUGAUGAAAUCAUGAAAAUGACAACCGCGGGAAAUGUUGACGUCACCUCGACACUUUCACCUGUGUCACAGAAUGCAAAUGGCCGUAUAUGUUCCUUGAUAGAAUAUUUGCUUUUGACGCCUUCAGCUUCAGCAUUUUCGGACUCGACUUCGACUUCCGAUUUGACGGGUUCUCUGCAGCAUCUGACAGUCCAGACUACUCCAGUAACGGCCGCGGUGGAUGUAUGGACCGGGUCGGUAUCUUGUGUACAUACGGUUAACACCAGCACACUUGGAGGAGAGGGAACGCCUUGGUUGACGGGAGGAAUCUUUACUGACAACAAUGAAUUACUUAUUACAGACUACUGUAACCGUAGACUCCUACUGUUUGAUGAUAAAUAUUCCUACACGAGAGAAUAUAAAGUUAGUGGUUGCCCUACAGAUAUAGCACGUGGACGUACUGCUGAUGAGAUAUUUGUGGCUGUAGACGAGACACAGAUACUGAGAUGUACACUACAGAAUGGUCAGCUGUCCGUGGUCAACACGAUCAGUAGUCCCCCUAGUACCUGGGGUAUAGCAGUACUCGGGGACAACAUCCUGGUCGGUACUCCAGAUAGUGUGAAGGUUAUGUCUAUCGAUGGGAAGGUCACCAAGUCAAUAAAGAAGGGAGGAGGUAACACAUACCUCGCAGUAUCUACAUCUAAGUCCACUGUAUACCACAGAGAUAACAAUGACAUAUUGUGUAGACGACUAGAUAGUGACGCAGUAGUCUACAGGUACAGGGAUCCUGGUCUGAAUGGUCCUGUAGGUAUUGGACUGGACCGGGAUGACAAUGUGUAUGUUUGUGGUCACCGUACCGAAAACGUUUACCUCGUUUCACCUGACGGGUCACGUGGGAGGGUACUACUGUCCAAGCUGUCCGGUAUCACCAGACCGUGGUGUAUAGUGGUCCAUCCAACCAAACAGGAAUUCGUGGUUACUUCUUACCAGGAAUCUACUGUACUGGGGGUGUAUAAAUUCAGUGACGACAACAUAUAAAUACUUUUAUGUAGAACAUGAAUGGGGGAUGAAUCCGGUAGAGUAACUAGUGUGGGUAAGAUUCGUUAGUCCGAAUUAAUCCGAAUCCCUGUUGAUGUAACGUCGUGCAUAUAGUACUGUGAUCUUUCUGUGUUACUGAAAGUUUUUGUUAAUUUGAAAUUGAUGUUCAUUUCUUUAUCUGAUUCCCGAACUACAUUUACUGUAUUAAAUUACAGAUGUAUACAAGGUUCAGGUUCGUUAGUCCGAAUCCCGAUAGACAAUCACCAUUAUACCGUAUUAAGUAUAGUAUUACAGAUGUACGUAUGGUUCGUUCUUCAGAGACCCGGUACACUUAGACAGUAUUAUUUAUCAAGUAUAUCCAGGGUUCACACCAGCAUUUGAAAUUCUUUCGCCAAAAUUUUCACCAAAGUGAAUCUUUUUCACCAAAUUAUAUUUUUUUGAGCCAAAAAUUAAAUAAAAGAGUUUAAGGCCUAGGCUAUAUCAUCAGUCCUCUAUAUUCUCCUGCAUACCCUAUUUCAGAACAACACAACCACUAUGUGCAUUUGAGCCGAGCGGACGAUAGAGCCGGCGUUUAAUCAAUCAAAACAUUCCAAAUAUAUACAACACAAUUUCAUGUAUACAAACCAUCGAUAAAUUCUUAACUCUCUCACGCACUCCAUUUACUAAUAAUACAAUAUGAAAAACCAUGCGAGCCACCCAACCUUAAAACAGUUUAUGCUUCAGGUUUCUUAAUAAAUGCUGGGAUUUCUAACAAAACAAAAUGCCUGGUAUUAUAAUGCAAAACAAACUACGAAACUAUAUUACUCUUCCGUAACAAUAUAUACAACAAUAUUAAAUGAAAGUUUGUCACGACCUAGAAGUCCGCGGCUAGAAUGACUACACAACGAUAUACUUCGCCCGAGCGCCUGUGUACCCUCACGUGACUAUCUUACACGUACUCAGCCUCUGAUUGGCUGCCCUACCUAGCACACCUUACACGCGCUAAAUAUCGCGCGCGAAAGACAUAGGACAGUAAAUUCCCGCUAUUCUGCGAAACGCGGGAAUUUUAAAUUCAUAUCUUAUUGAUCCCUGAUCAAGUUUACUGCCAACAUACACAUUAAGCAUGAAAAAGAUGAAGUUAUCAGUAUAAAUUAAGCUAAUAAACCUGACUAUCUCAAACUCAAAUGAUAAUACAAUUUAAAUUGAACUCAAUACUUUUUGAUUAAGUUAAAAAAUUAAUAUAUGCUAUAUUUUUCAAAUAAAGUAAUCAAUACCCUGUCAUAUAAGUAACAUAAAUAACAUGGGAAAACACGUAUUGUCAUUCUGUGGAGGAGAGACUUUGGUUAUAUAUUGAUUAUAAAGAUGUUAGCAAUGAAUUGAUGGUAAGCUUAAUUAUAAGUCCCGCAUUCGUCUAUGAAGUAUUAUCCAGAUGUUAUCUUGACGACAUAGUGUUUUAAUCUAAAUCUUUUUUAACAUUCCCUUUAUAAUAUCAGCUGGCAAUGCAAUGAUGAAAAUGGACACACAAUAAUUCUUUAAAAACAUUUCCUUUAAUCAGAGACGUAUGUACCUCUCAUAACAUCAAUGAAAUAACGCAAACUUUACACCGAUUUGUUAAAUUAUACUAAACAAGAAAUCAAACGUGUGACUUGCGUUUAAAGUCGGCCUCUUUCGCCACAAAAUAGGCUAUGAUGUCAUAAUGACGUCAUAUUUUUAUUAUAACGUCACAUCGUCGGGAGGUGACACCGUUUAUCAUAAUAUUGUAAAAGUCUAUAAUAUCGGAACUCAUUAUGACAAACAAGGAAAAUCAUUUGCAAAUCGCAGUCACGUUUACACCAUCAUAUGAUUCAUCCCCACUUUGCCAACAUGUUGUUUUUGCUAUAUUAACAUUACCUGCGUUUACCUGUGGAACAUUUAAGAUAUGACCCACUGGGUGUUAUAGCCUGAGUCAAUAUGUGCUAUAGGCGUAUGGUGUACGAGUCCUAGAAAGACGUUUCAGCUGUAUGGUGUCCCUAGCAUCACUGACGAGUCAUGGAUCAGAUGGAACAGCUGUAGAAUGCAUAUGAAGUUCAGUAUCAAGCUUAUCCUUUAACUAUGCCUAGAUUUAUAUGUAAAUAAUCUAUCGUCGUGUUUAUGAAGAGUAGAAACAUAAAAGGGAAGUAAUUCUCAAAUCUUCGGAGGACAUUUAUCAGAGAGCAUACUUUCCUGCAAAACACCACAUGGUUUAACAAUGCGGUGCCUGUAGUACAGACUUACGGGUGUGUGAGACUGCAGAGGAAGCUAUAUAUUUGAAGACUGUCGUUGUGAGAGACAUCAUAUCGCUAGAUGUUCUAUAAGACCGUGUUUAUAAUGUCGCAUUGAAAGUACUGGUAUCAUACCUACAGAUCUCGGUCUGUAAGUAAAGAGACGACGUCAUUAACACGAUGGCGAUCGCUAAUUGUACAGCUGUUAUUCUUAACUUAAAAGAAACAGUUGAUCUUAUCAAAGAAAUACGAUAAUUUUAUAUCUGACUCGGCAUUAGAUAACGUCGCAGUUCCUAAACGACCACCGUGUCUUCAAAAUGAUAACGUCCUUAUAUCGAGGAUGGUAGUGGUAGUAGAUGAUAUUACGAUAUGUACGUACUUAAAAAAAGCUGACGCCGAGCGCCUGCGAACCCAACAAUCAGCUAGACAAAAUAAAGUAUACCGUCAUACCAAUGUCGUAUAGAUAGUAUAUGUAUUUAUGUGGUAUACCGUCAUACCAAUGUGGUAUAGAUAGUAUGUGUAUUUAUGUGGUAUACUGUCAUACUAAUGUGGUAUAGGUAGUAUAUGUAUUUAUGUGGUAUACCGUCAUACCAAUGUGGUAUAGAUAGUAUGUGUAUUUAUGUGGUAUACCGUCAUACCAAUGUGGUAUAGAUAGUA